UUAGGCCUAUAUUAUUAUAUUUUCUAUUAGUAUAAUCUAUUUAUUUUUAUUGACUACUACAUAUAAUACUUUAUACGAUUAGAUGCAUCAUGCAUUGUUACUACUGAACUUUGAGUUUCAGAAAACCAUGGAUGAUAAUUGGGAAGUUAAUUCUAUGAUGGAAUUUGAUCACUAUCAGAACAUAGCACGAGCAGCUUUUGGUGAUAUGCUUUAUGACAGCGACAGAAAUCAAUUAUACUAUAAAGCAUUGAAAAAAGAAAUUACAAGGUUACAUAAUGCUAAUAAAAAAGUACAUGUCUUAGACAUAGGAACUGGUACUGGUCUAUUAGCUAUGAUGGCUGCUAAAUGUGGAGCUGAUUCUGUUUACGCUUGUGAAGAGUUCGAAGAAUCUUAUAAAUGUGCAAAAGAAAUAAUAAGAUCUAAUAAUUUUGUGGAUAAAAUUGUACUUAUUCCUAAGAGUUCACAAAAUUUAAAAGUUGGCAUAGACUUACCUCAUCGUAUGAAUUUGUUAGUUACAGAAGUCUUUGAUACAGAACUUAUUGGUGAAGGUGCUAUUUCAGUGUUCAAUCAUGCUCAUCAAGAACUAUUAACAGAUGAUUGCAUUGUUAUACCAUCUCAAGCUAUUGUAUAUACUCAAGUAGUUGAAAGCGAGUAUAUAAGAAAUUUUAACAGAGUUAACGAUGUGUAUCACAAUAACAAGUUAUUGAUGAAGGUACCAGAGAACAUAAAAAAAUGUCAAGGCAUUGAAAGUGUAUUUGAUUUACAACUAGGUGAAUUGCCAAUAGAUGUUUUUAAAACUCUAAUUCCUGCACAAGUUAUGUUUAGGUUUAAUUGGAGUGACAAAAAUGGUGUGAUAACUGAUCGAAAAAAUGCUAUUCAUUGCAAGUCUAAGGAAAAUGGUAUUGUUCAUGCUGCAUUUGUAUGGUGGGACUUAGCUAUGGAUUCUGAUGGUGAAAUCAUGUUAAGCUGUGCUCCUAAAUGGUAUGGAAAUCGUGAUGAAGCUCCUUGGAGAGAUCAUUGGAUACAAGGAGUGUAUUACUUUGCAGAUGAAAUAAGUUUAAAAAAAGAUGAGGAAUUCAAUGUAAUUGGCUACCACGAUGAACUUUCAUUUUGGUUUGAUACUAAUAAAUCAAGUACAUAUUUAGAUGUUCCUUUUCCAUACUGUGAGUGUGAUUUCCAUAGAAUUAUUAGCAGAACACUUAUUGGGCAAAUGAAUGAUCACAAUCUCACAUUAAAUUAUUUAAAUGCAUUGAAAAAAUAUAUAAAAUUAGGCAGUGUCUGUCUAUUUGUUAGCAAUUUGUCAUUUAUAGGACUUGCUGCAACUUUAUUUGGUGCAGAAAAAGUUUAUUACUAUGAUGUAAGCGGACCACAGGGUUUUGAAAAAGUUUUAAAAGCAUAUAUUAGAGCUAAUGAGUUAGAAAGUAAAAUUAUUUUAUUGAAAACGUACAAAGAAGUUUUAGAAAUAAUUUCUAAGCAAAAUGAAAAAAAGGAAGAAAUAUACACUGUGUUUACGGAACCUUCCAAAUGGAUUUUACCUGAAUGGAUUGAUAUUGUAAGAUUUUGUCUUCAAGUAAAUCCAAAAACAAAUAUAUUUCCAAAAGAAGUAACCUUGAAAAUACAAACUGUAGAAUUUGAUGAUUUAUGGAAAAUUCGAGCUCCUUUGACUGAAGUAGAAGGAUUUGAAAUUAUACCAUUCAAUGAAAUUGUGCAGGAAAGUAUCAAAAUAUCAGAUGGAAUAUUGGAAGAAAAGCCAUUAUGGGAGUAUCCUAGUAAAAGCCUAUCGAACAUUUAUGAUUUGUUUACAUUGAAUUUUGAGAAUAUUGCAAAUGAAUCCAAUUUAAUUUUAAAAAACAGAUUAUCAGUUAAUAUUGAAAACGAUGGUGUUUGUCAUGGACUAGUUUGUUGGACUGACUGGUGUUUGGAUACAGAUAUACAUAUUUCAUUUGGUGCUUCAAAUAAAAAAACUUAUAUAUCAGAUUGGUAUCCUUAUGCACGACAAAGAAUUUACUUUUUGAAUAAGUAUCGAAAAGUUUUACCAGGAGAUGUUAUAAACUGUGAUGCUAUUUUGUGUAAAAAUGGCAAUUUGUUAAUUAGUUUUUGUAAUACCUAUGAUCAUUAAGUUACUAAAAUUUAAAAUCUUAUUUUUUUAUUGAAAUAUAUAUUUCUUUUAUACA